AUGGCUCCUGUCAUCUCCAACAUCGAUAUUCCUGACCUCAAAUUCUCCUCCCUCGAACUCGAUGCUCGCUCGACCGAGCUUAAUGGAUUCCAGACGACUACCUUUACCAGGCGAGACACCUUCCCGCAACAGAUCGACCACUCUCUACCCCCUCGAAAUGAUGACUCCUCCUUGAUUCUUUCUCCAAUGGACACCUAUAACAUUCUCACCGCAAGAGACGCACACAAGACACAGGACCCGAACCCGGGUGCUGGGUCGAUCAACCCCAACGACAUGAACAUGAAAGGCAUCCAGGCGCUCUUUGCAAUCAUUGGGGCUUCUUUUGUACUCGGUGCCAUUUGGUUCUUUUUCUGGGCCAAGAACGGUGGUUUCAAAUGGCGCAAGGGUGACUGGGAGGAAUAUAAAUCUACCGUCUUGAGACGCAAGGGUCCCAAUGGAACGACUCUAAGUAACGCAACCAAGAGCACGAGGCUGGGUGGCGGAAGCGUUGUAGGCGAUGGAUAUUCAGACAAAGACACGGCGACAAUACCAGAUACCAUGACCGAAGGCAUGACAGAGACAAUGACCGAGCUGUCCUCCGAAGCACCGAUCAUCAAGGAGAAACAGUCCAAGAAGAAAAAAGAGACGCCCAAAGAGAAGAAGAUCCGAGAAGCCAAGGAAGCACCCUGGGAAGGUGGCCAUGACUACGAUGUCCGGGCGUAUCGACAUGAAAAGCCUGCACGGGUGGGUGGUCUCAACAAGGACUCGGACGCUCAAUUCUACGGCACCGACUAUACCGAGACAGAUCGUGGCGGCAGUGACAUAGCCAGCAACAGCAACCGACAAGCAUCAUCUUCUCGUCAACAUAGUCCUGAGAAACGUCAAUCACGGCGUGAUUUCUCAUACGGCCAAGAAGACGGCUUCAGCGUUUCGACUCCGCCACCAGCUGCUGCGCCAUCGCCUAUUCCUCGUCCAGCCAGAUAUCAUUCACCGAACAAGAGUGCCAGCCCUCAACGCCCCAUCCGCACGGUGCCUGGAUCGUUCCACGCCCAGCAGGAUUUUGAUGUGCAAAGUGUGCAAAGUCAAAAUACUAAGAGCUAUCAUCAUCCGCUUCCGAGCUUGAGUGGCCAAGGACCGCCAAGAGCGGGCGGGUACAGAAGGGACAGACGGGAUAGUCUAGAUGACUGA